AAACGAGAAGAUGUUGUUUUUAACGCCCAUCAUAUAUAUAUAUUCACCAAUCGGAAGUACAUAAUUAUAUUUCACUUUCGGUCAACAAAAUUAAGUCCAAUUUGGCUAACUGACAAGGUGACAAAUCCCCUUGAUCAUCAUCACCAUCAUCUUGUAUAUAUAUAAACACACAUAAUCUCUGUCUUUAAUUAGAAACAUGAGUUUUCAAGAACUCAAACUCAAGUUUCUCACAAUGGAUUUUGGGUUUGACAUUGAAAACUCAAGCUCACCCUACAUACAAUUGCUUAAAGUGGCCACUUUGAUCCCAAUUUCUCACUACUUGUUGGGCUUUUCAUUAAUCUUUCUCACAUUCUUAUAUAAUUUUCUUGAAUUUCAUUUUUUUCAAGAUUUCUUUAGUGGGUUUCAAGGGCAACCUGUGUUGUUGACUUUUGAUUCUUGCUCUCAGCUUUACAAGGAAGUUGCCUCCAAAUGUCAGAUUCUUCAUGGAAGGUAUUUGGCUACACCUUGGCUCUCAAGUCCUCAUUUCCAAACUGUUUUCUUAAGUUUCUAUGGCAGAGCUCCUUCUCUCAGAUACAAAAGAGAGUUGUUUAUUACACCGGAUGGUGGAACAAUAGCUUUGGAUUGGGCAAUGAAUCAAGAUGGCAUGCAAGUCAAUGGUGAAAUUCAUACAGAUGAUACAGAACCUGUAGUGGUCAUGGUUCCUGGCUUGACGAGCGAUUCAGACGCUGCUUAUGUGAAGCACUUUGCUUUCAAGAUAGUAAAACGCCGCUGGAAAGUUGUUGUGAGCAAUCAUCGUGGACUUGGUGGCAUAUCAAUAACUUCAGAUUGCUUCUAUAAUGGUGGAUGGACAGAGGAUAUACGUACAGUCGUUAAGCACAUUCAUCAACGGUAUCCAGAAGCUCCUCUUUUUGUUGUUGGGACCAGCCUUGGUGCCAAUAUUGUGGUCAAGUAUCUCGGAGAGGAAGGGGCUAAUAUCCCAAUAUCUGGGGCUGCAGCUGUCUGCUCUCCUUAUGAUCUAUUGAUAUCUGAUAGAUUUCUCAACCGCGGGGUGGUGCAGAAGUUCUACGACAAAGUGCUAACACUUGGCUUAAAAGAUUUUGCUCAGCUGCACCAACCUGUUCUAUCUCGAUUAGCAGACUGGGACAGCAUUAUGAAGUCACGCACUGUUCGGGAUUUUGACAAUUAUGCAACCCGUAUUGUGGGAAAGUUUGAGACUGUUGAUACAUUUUACAGGCGAUGCAGCAGUUCUAGCUAUGUGUGCAAUGUUAUGGUCCCACUUCUCUGCAUUAACUCUGUUGAUGAUCCAGUUUGUACAAAGGAAUCAAUCCCUUGGGAUGAAUGCAGGACGAAUAAGAAUAUUAUUCUUUCCACGACAGAGCAUGGAGGACAUCUAGCUUAUUUUGAAGGAAUGGAUGCUACAAACCUGUGGUGGGUAAGGGCGGUGGACGAAUUUUUAGGCAUCCUGCAGUCUAGUAAAUUGAUGCACAAACCAAAAGAGGUCGAAAUGUCUCCACAAAUCAGCCCUCUAAAAUCUUCAAUAGAUCAAAGUCCUUUUCUCAAUGUUGUGGAACAUGGUUUGAUAACCGCUGUGGCUAGUGAGCCAACAGAUGCAGAAGUGGUGCAGAAUGAGCAUGCUGUCUCUAAUAAUCAGGUCGAAGCUUGUGCUAUAUCUUCAUCAGGAAAUGAGCCAACAACUAUAGCAGAAGUUGUGCAUAAUGAAUAUGGUAUCUCGAGUAAUCAGGACGAAUACACGAGUCCAGACAUAGAAAUGGAUGUUCAUAUGACAGACAAACCAAAUUCACCUGAUUCCAUUGUCGAACCCCUGAAGUCAGAUACCAGUAGUCAUGCAAGUGUUCCUGUAAUGAAAUAUCUUUACCAACUUUCCCGACAUACCAGGAAAUCGUUCUGGCUACUUGCCUACAUCGCGCUAGUUACAAGUUUGCCCUUCGUAGGAUCAGCUCUUCAAUAUCUCUCCAGAAAGAAGUUAAAAAGUGUCCAAAAGAGAUGAGAAGUUUAUAUGCACUGAUUACCUGUUGUCAUUUGUAGUGCUAUACCUGUUGUCAUUUGUAAGUGGUUACCAAAGGACACCUUGGUGCGAGAAUAAAAGAAACAAGGUGAACUUCAAAGAGUUUACAUGAAGUGCAAGAGAAAUUGUGUAGAGCUGACAGAAUUGAUCCCCAAUAAUCACACAUUUUACUCAUGCUUGUAAUCAGAUAACAAUAUGAGCAUUUGUUCAGAUGAUGAUCAGAGAAUGAUUGGAAAUAAAUUUAUUUUUCAGUUGGGUA